UGUUCCACCCCCGCGUCACUUCCUGUCGGGACUGCGGGGAGUUCCGGUGCGGUUACCCUGACAACCGGGCCUAGGCUUCGACUUCCCUCGAACUUCCACCUGCAGGCCCGCUGCUGUCUCCCCGAGCCUGAGCUCCCUGAUGGCGGGAGGAGGCGGUCCCGGGAGCCGAUAUUUCUGCACCGCCAGCCGCGGCUUGGAGCAGCUGCUGAGGGAGGAGCUGAACCUCAAACUGUCGGCCUCUGAGGUGGAGCAGUUUUCAGGAAAAGUAUUCUUUACAGCUGAUGCAGAUUUGAAAAAGCUGAAGAGUCUGAAAUGUGCAGAGCGGUUAUUUUUACUUGUGAAAAAACUGCCCCCAAUCCAGAUUGCAAGACAUAAAGGGAAAGGUGUUCACAUGCUUCAGAAAUAUGUGAUUGGAGAGUCGAGUGAAUGGUUGAAUAUUGUUGCCAAAUGGAAAUCUCUUCAGGAUCCUAACAAAGAAGAAGAACGCACUUCAGACAUUACUAGAACUGGGAUAAAACGGCCAGCGCAGCAAGAGAGUGGUGAAACUAGAAAAAGGUCAAAGUUAGAGCUGGGUGAAUCUCCAAUGACAGACUUUAAUGAAAGUCCAACAGGGCAACAUGAUGCUCAUUCGCUAAUACAAGAAAGCUACCAGAGUAAAUCACCAACACAGAUGCCAUCUUCUCCUGAUGAGCUGCUUAAUUCUAAGGGUCAAGGUGCUGCAUCUAGUAUGCAUUUUAGAGUAUCUUGUCGCUGCAGUGGGAAAAUUGCUAAAAUGAUUACCUCACAGGAGCUAGGGAGAGCGAUCGGUGUUGCCCUCAGCAGGCAAAUGGGCUGGAAAGCAGAAUUGAGAAACCCAGUGCUGGAGGCUGGUUCACUAGUACUUGAUCCAAUGUGUGGAUUAGGAACCAUUUUGCUGGAAGCUGCCAAAGAAUGGCCUACUGCAUAUUACCAUGGAGUAGACAAUACUGCCUCACAGUUGCAGAUGGCAUCUGCCAAUGUGUGCUUUGCAAAACUGACCAACAGCAUUGACCUAAUGAGAGCUUCUGUCACAGAAUUGCCUCUACUUACAGAAAGCAUGAAUGUAGUCAUCUGUGACAUUCCAUUUGGAAAAAAAUUUAAAAUUUCACAGGAUAUGAAGACAAUAAUGCCAUACAUCCUCAAAGAAAUGGUGAGGGUGCUUAGCAUUGGUGGGACGCUUGUACUACUACUUAGCCAAGAACUCUCGCUACAGAUGCAGCAAUGGCAGAAACUGAAGAGUCACCCAAAUAACAAAGGAAAUAUUGCUGCCCAGCAGAAUCCAGAUACAACACCAAAGAAACUGGGUACAGAUCCAGUUGAACAUAUUGAUGUGCAGCACGUGUCAGUUGAAGAAGAGCAGUCUGAUGUUAAAACACAGAUUUUUGCCUCUCUAGUGCCAACAGGUAUCUUCCAAGUGAGUCUUGGUGUUACAGAAGCUGCUAUACACAGAUACAAGAAAAUUCUAAUAUCAUGAGCUAAUGUAAUGCUGGUGACUGAGAUGUUGUACAGUCUGUCAUGGACUGUGCAAGAUUCAAAGUGAGAGCACAUUUUUAUCAAAAUAAGUCAGUAAGUUAUUGAUACAGUCAUAGAGACUUUCUCUGGAUAAAUGAGUUAAACUCAUUUGGCUGUUGGGAAAGCUCAUUGACAUCAGGCCUGGAUCAAUUCACUUCUCAGGUUUUGUUUAAAGACACCCAUGCCUCACCGUACCGUUAAUGAUCUAUGACCGAUGUGCUUAUGAUACAGCCAAAGGUUUGUGCAAACAGUUCUUAGUCAUUUGGCUAAAUGGAUUAGGAAACGGUGGGUAGAUGAUCAGUCUUAGGGGGGAGAAGCCUAGUAGGGUGGGCUGUAUGUUUCAUUAUGUGGGCUGGACCAGAACUCUCUGCUGCUGCUCCUCCUAGUUCACACUGAAAUUUCAGAACUUAGCUUGUCAGCCAUCUUCAUCUGCUGGUAUUUGAUACCACGUUUUGAACAAGCAGCAGCCUCGUGAAACCAAGUUAAAUUACUGUUGGGAUUUGAUAAAUAUUGUCAUUUGAUGAAUAUUUUGAAUCUCAUUGAGGCCCUUAUCUACUGGGGGCAAGAGUUUCACUCGAAUGUCCAAAGCACACAAUUUAAAAUGGCGUAUGGCAUAAGGUCACUGAGAAGAUGUGAACAUCACGAUGCCACAAACUUGAGCCCACAGGUUGCAGCAAGUAAAGUUCCAAGCUUCUGUCCAUCAGCCAUGAUAGGCAACCACCAAUAUGUGACUGUGGGGUAAUUACAUAAUUAGAAGUAGGCCAUUCAGCCCCUUGAACCUGCUCUGCCAUUUAUUAUAAUCAUGGCUGAUCUGCCCUUGGCCUUAACCCCACUUUCAUGCUUGCUCUCCAUAACCCUUCAGCCCAUUACUAAUUAAAUAUAUGUCUAACUCCUCAAAUUUAUUCAGUGUCUCGGCAUCAGCCGCACUCUGAGUCAUGAAUUUCACAGAUUCACCACCCUUUGAGACAAGUAAUUUCUCCUCAUCUCUGUUUUAUCUGCUUCCUUUAUCCUAAAACCAUGACCCCUUGUUCUAGAUUGUCCCACAAAGGGAAACAGUUGCAUAUGUCUACUUCGUCAAUACCCUUUAGGAUCUCAUUGACACUUUUGGAUCGUGCUCAUCUCCACAGUAAGCAAUGAGACUGAAUGAAAACCAGCAGUGUUUAGUUCAGUUUUUUCUUUUAAAGUGUAAGAUGUUAUAGGAUAACACAUCUUGUACAGGAGAGUUAAAAUAGAAUGGGAUAAGAGAUGGUUCGAUGAAGUGAUCAAAGUCUUAAUGUACUUUGAUGAAAGUUUAUAUAAUUAAUACUAGUUGUAAUACUGUUUGUAAGCUGCACAUUUAUGGCCUGAAGUUGUCAUGAUCUGCCAGCAGUCUAAAGGGGGAAAUAUACUGUAGAAUAUUAGUGGAAGCUGUUCUGGAGAUUCAAUAAUAUCAAGAAAUUGUGAUAACCUUAAUGAUUUAUCUAAGAAAACUGAAAAAGAAAAAUGUUAUCAAACGCUUCGGAUUAUAUUUCAAAGAUGUGAAAAUGUGUUGAAUCAACAUGUACAAUGUUUUGUUCGUUUACGCUUGUGUUGUGUCAUGUGAUCACAUUUGUAUGUUCAGCAAUGCAAAUGUAUCCAGCUUAACACAGUUUCUUUUGAACAAUUUUAAUUUGAUGUUUUAUGAGUGAAGACAGAUUUUACCAAA